GUAGCCUCUCGGGAGAAUCAAUGACUGCAUCUUUGAUGCACUGCUAGUACAUCCGAGAAUUCUUAAUUGGCUAGUUGUAAAUAGCCCCAGGACUAUGGAACAAAAGAUUCUCCCGGACCUACACCGAGGUAUUGACGGAGAUUUUCAAAUAGCGCCGAACAGAAUGAGAAUGUGAUACGACGAGAUAGAAAAAAAGACAGGGAAGGGGUCACACACUUACUCUUAACGGUCAAAGCGAGCCCCUUCGUUCUGAAUUAAAGAAUGAAGAAUGAAUCCAAUCUCCCCAAGUAGGAUUCGAACCUACGACCAAUCGGUUAACAGCCGACCGCUCUACCACUGAGCUACUGAGGAACAACGGGAGACUCGAUCUCAUACAGUUCAAUUCCCGUUCUCAACCCAUGACCAAUACGAGCUCGAAACUUCUUUCGUAACUCCCGUAACUUCUUCGUAGUGGCUCCCUUCCAUGCCUCAUUUCAUAGGGAACCUCAAAGUGGCUCUAUUUCAUUAUAUUCCAUCUAUAUCCCAAUUCCAUUCAUUUAAUAUCUCUUUGGUGUCAUCGACAUAAGAGAUGUCGUUUCUAGUCUAUCUCUUUCUAUUUCUAUAUUUAUAUAUGGAAAGUUAAAGUUAAAAAAUCAUCAUAUAAUAAUCCAGAAAUUGCAAUACAAACGAAAAAGGGAGGUUUGUGAUGAUUUUUCAAUCUUUUCUACUAGGUAAUCUAGUAUCCUUAGGCAUGAAGAUAAUCAAUUCGGUCGUUGUGGUCGGACUCUAUUAUGGAUUUCUGACCACAUUCUCCAUAGGGCCCUCUUAUCUCUUCCUUCUCCGAUCUCAGGUUAUGGAAGAAGGAGAAGAAGGAACCGAGAAGAAGGUAUCAGCAACAACUGGUUUUAUUAUGGGACAGCUCAUGAUGUUCAUAUCGAUCUAUUAUACGCCUCUGCAUCUAGCAUUGGGUAGACCUCAUACAAUAAUUGUCCUAGCUCUACCCUAUCUUUUGUUUCAUUUCUUCUGGAACAAUCACAAACACUUUUUUGAUUAUGGAUCUACUAGCAGAAAUUCAAUGCGUAAUCUCAGCAUUCAAUGUGUAUUCCUGAAUAAUCUCAUUUUUCAAUUAUUCAACUAUUUCAUUUUACCAAGUUCAACGUUAGCCAGAUUAGUCAACAUUUAUAUGUUUCGAUGCAACAACAAGAUGUUAUUUGUAACAAGUAGUUUUGUUGGUUGGUUAAUUGGUCACAUUUUAUUCAUGAAAUGGGUUGGAUUGGUAUUAGUCUGGAUACAGCAAAAUCAUUCUAUUCGAUCUAAUAAGUACCUUGUGUCAGAAUUGAGAAAUUCUAUGGCUCGAAUCUUUAGUAUUCUCUUCUUUAUUACCUGUGUCUACUAUUUAGGCAGAAUGCCGUCACCUAUUUUUACUAAAAAACUGAAAGAAACCCCAGAAACGAAAGAAAGUGAGGAAGAAACAGAACAGGAAGAAGAGGGAUUCACCGAAGAAGAUCCUUCUCCUUCCCUUUUUUCAGAAGAAAAGGAGGAUCCGGACAAAAUCCAAAUCGAUGAAAUGGAAAAGAUCCGAGUGAAUGGAAAGGACAAAACAAAGGAUGAAUUCCACUUGCACUUAAAAGAAGCAUGCUAUAAAAAUAGCCCAACUUCGUUAGAAAUACUUAAAGAAGAAAAGAAAAACUUCUUCGAGUUUGAAAAAUCCCUUCUUUUUCUUCUUUUCGACUAUAAACGUUGGAAUCGUCCAACGCGAUAUAUAAAAAACAAUCGAUUUGAAAAUGCGGUAAGAAAUGAAAUGUCACAAUAUUUUUUUUAUACAUGUCAAAAUGAUGGAAAACAAAGAAUUUCUUUUACAUAUCCACCCAGUUUAUCAAUUUUCUGGGAAAUGAUACAAAGAAAGAUUUCUUUGGAUACAACAGAAAAAUUCUUAUAUGAUGAUGAACUAUCCAAUAAUUGGAUUUCUACAAAUGAACAAAAAAGAAACAGUUUAAGCAAUGAAUUAAAUAAUAGAAUUACGGUUCUAGACAAAGACAUUUUUUAUAUAGAUGUACUCGAUAAAAAAACAAGAUUAUGCUUAGAAAACAAAAAUGAUAAAACUAAAAGGGAAUUUUUGAAAAAAAUACAUGAUCCAUUAUUAAUGGGAUCCUAUCGUGUUUUAAUAAAAAAAAUGGUUUCACCCUUUAUAAAUAUAAAUGAAACUACAGUGAAUAAUUUAAUUGAUAAAUUUUUUAUAAAUAAAAUUCAUAAUGUUUUACUUAAUGAUUCCAAUUAUCAAGAAUUUGAACUUAAAAAACCAAAAAUGAGUCAAUUUGAUGGAGACUCAACAUUCAAUCAAAACAAAAAUUUGUUAUUUUCCGAACAAGAACAAAUUAGUUCAGAAAAUAAAGAAAGAUUUUUCAAUUUUUUAAUUGAUACAACCACAGCAUAUGCGUUUACUCAACCAAUUUCAAAAAGAAUAAACGAAAUAAGAAAAAAAGUUCCUCGUUGGUCACACCAAUUAAUUAACGAGCCCGAACAAUAUGAAAGAGCACUUGAAAAAGACGUGGUGCUGGAUUAUGAAAUCCGCACAAGGCAAUCGAACCCUGUAGUGAUUUAUACGACUAAGCAAGAUAAUAACGAUGCAGACGAAGUGGAUUUGACACAGUAUGCCCAACAAUCUGAUUUUCGUCGAGAUAUAAUCAAAGGUUCCAUGCGUGCUCAAAGACGUAAAAUUCUUAUUUUGGAAUUGUUUCAAGCAAAAGUACAUUCGCCACUUUUUUUCAACCGAACAAAGGAAGCCUCUUUUUAUUCUGUGUAUGUUGUUACACUUAUUAGACGAGUUCAAAGGUAUAUGAGAAAAAAACCAGAAAUUCCACUUUCUCAACAGGAAAAAUUAAAGGAACAAGAAGUAAAGAAAGAAGAAUUAGCGGAAAAAAAAUUAGAAGAAUUUCUAUUAACGCAAAAGGAAGAAAAAGCAAAACUAGAAGAAGAUAAACAAAUAAAAGUAGCCGAAACCUGGGAUACCGUCCCGUUUGCUCAACUAAUAAGGAGUUUGAUGUUAAUGACUCAGUCCAUUUUUAGAAAAUAUAUUUUAAUUCCUUUAUUGAUAAUAGCAAAAAAUAUUGUUCGUCUACUAUUAUUCCAACGUGCUGAGCGGUCUGAAGAUUUCGAUGACUGGAGUAAAGAACGACAUAUUAAAUGUACCUAUAAUGGUGCUCAAUUAUCAGAAACCGAAUUUCCUCAAGACUGGUUAACAGAUGGUAUUCAGAUAAAGAUAGUAUUUCCUUUCUAUCUAAAACCUUGGCACACAUCCCGAGAUCUAAUAAAAAAACAAAAUCAACCAGAUGAUUAUUGUUUUUUAACAGUUUUCGGAACAGAAACUGACAGUCUUUUUGGUCUUCCCCGAAAACACCCUUCUUUUUUUAACCGUAUUUUUAAACAAUUAGGCAAAAAUAUUCGAAAGUUUCCAAAUACAAGAAAAUUUUGGAUUAUGAAAAUCCUUCUAUUUUUUAAAAAAAUAAAAAUAAUGUUAAAGGAAAAUCGAAUUCUAGGAUUUGGAGUGAGCAAAGAAUCUAGGGAAAUAAAAAAAGAAAAAGAUUCGAUAAUUACUAAUCAUAUGAUUAGGGAAAUAAAAAAAGAAAAAGAUUCGAUAAUUACUAAUCAUAUGAUUCAUGAAUCGUCCAUUCAAACUCGAUUCCUGAAUCGGACAAAUUCUUCAGUGCCAGAAAAAAAAAAAAAGAUUUGGCUAAUCGAACAAGGACAAUCAAAAAAAAAUAGAAAAAAUAUCAAAAGACAAUAGAAAAUUAAAUAUUAAUUCUAACAAAACACAUUAUAGUACGAAACGAUUCGAAUCGUUUAAAAAUAUUGGUCAAAUAUUAAAAAGAGGAAAUGUUCGAUUAAUCCGUAAAAUAAAUUCUAUUUUUUAUUUUUUUAGCGAAAAGAUAU